AUGUACAAGCUCGGCGGCCGUGGCGGUGGGCGCGGCGGCAGCGGCGCUGCAAAGCGCCCGCCGCCCCCCCACGGCCGCGGCAGAGGCGGCGCCUCCUCUAUCGGCGGGAUGGCCGGGCCUCCCCGCGGUCGCGCCGCCGCCGCAGCCGCGACGCAGCCUGCGGGGCGCGACGAGGCGUUCCGCCUCGAGUCCAGCGGGCCGCCCGCCUUCGCGGCUAUAAUACGGCUAACACCCGACCUCGUCGACGAGAUCCGGCGGGCGGAGGAGGCCGGUGGAGGCGCACGCAUCAAGUUCAACCCUAACAUGCGCAACUCGUCGGAAAACGUUAUAGAUGUUAGUGGUAAAGAAUUCAAAUUCACCUGGGCAUCUGAACGUGACGAAUUGUGUGAUAUUUAUGAAGAACGUCAGAGUGGAGAGGAUGGAAAUGGUUUGCUUCUGGAGUGUGGCUCUGCUUGGCGCAAGGUGAAUGUGCAGCGCAUUUUGGAUGAAUCAACAAAGAACCUUGUGAAAAUGCGCUCAGAGGAGGCUGAACGUCUCUCAAAAUCUCGGAAAUCAAUCGUGCUGGACCCUGCCAAUCCAUCUGUCAAGAGUCAGGCCAAGUCGAUGGCUGCUGCAGCUGUAGAAGGUAAUCCGCGGAGGAUGCACUGGAAGCAGAAGAAUGAAUUUUUAAGGAAGAAUAAAGCUGCUGUUAUCACCCCAACUAAAUCAGUUUCCAAGGUGAAGUUAUCUAACAAUAUUCCCAAAGGGAAUAUCUCAAGUUCACCUGCACCUUCUCCUGAACAACCUGGAGCAAGCAAUCCUUCAUUUCCUGUUGGAUCAGAUGCAAACAAUGAAGUCAUAACACCUUUUGAUUUGAACAAAGGGGAAAACAGUAAAUAUGAGAAAUCAGCUGCAAGUAAGAUGUCUAACAAAGGUAUAAACCACCGAGCAAGUUCUCAUGCUGCAAAUGUGGAUGAUAAUACAAAUGAAGUGAGAAGCUACUUGAUAUCUAUGCUUUCAAAAAAUCCAAAAGGAAUGGGCCUAAAGGCCUUGGAGAAAGCUGCUGCAGAUGCAUUUCCAAAUGCAUCAAAGAAAAUAGAGAGCAUCGUCAAGAAUAUUGCAAAUUACCAAGGACCUGAGAGGUAUGUUCUCAAACCAGGGCUGGAGUUAGAAAGCUCUAAAAGGCAUGCAUCUGAAGGAGUAAGAUCCAUCAGUGAGAACAUUGAGGAAUCUGCUCCAAGCCUUAAGAUUGAUGAUCCUGAUAUAUGUGAGAGGAUUGACAUUGUUGGCUCCCCACUUGCUGCAACAAAUGGAAAACUCAGUAAUGACAGUGAAGGUAAGGCUGGAACUUCCAGUGACAGUGGAAGUGAUAGUGAUAGUGAUAGUGACAGCAGUGACAGUGGAAGUGAUAGUGGGAGCCAAAGCAGAAGUGCUGCGGAAACUGGUAGUGGGAGCAGCAGCGAUAGUGACAGUGAUGCCUCAUCAAGCAGCAAGGAAGGAUCUGAUGCAAUUGUUGAUAUUACAAGUGAUGAUGACAAAGCAAAUACAGCACAUACAAAAGUAGUAGAUGACCUUAAUUUGUCUUCAUCACCAAGAGAUUUGACAAGACUCGAUGUUGAUGAUGAACAAAUUGACAUUGGAACAAAUCUGGACUACAGGAGUACAUCACCCCAUAUUGAUCUGAAUAAUUUUAAUACCGGCAAUGAUGAUGCAGCAGCAGAGGGCUUUAGUGCUGGCAACCUGAACAAGCCAUCUGAAAUGCCGGGAAGCAAGAACAUGACGAGCACCAGAAUGGAUUCUAUCGGAGGCGAUAACAAGUAUAAUGAAAUGUCUUUUCUGGACAACCUUUUUGAUGACUCCUUGAGAACAGCCAGUGAAAACUCACCCAAGGGGGAGGCUGGUCAAUUGACAGCACAGCAUGGCAACAAGAGAAAAUCAACAUCAAAGGAUGAAUCAAAACUCGGCCCAGUGAGUAUUCCCAAACCCAAAUUAAAAAGGUCUUCUGGUAGUGAGAACUCCACAGCAAAGCCUGAGAGUGCCAAAAAGGUCAAAGCUGACAUAGCAUCGCCAAUAGGUUCUUUAUCAGAGCACAAAAGAAGUUUACCCCCUGAAAAACAUACCAAUGAUAGGUUGAACAAGGAGACAGGGAAUGUUAGCCGCGAUGCUUCACGAGAUGGCAGUCCUGCCAUGAAAGGAAGACCUUCGGCUCCUGGGAAUUUACAGAGGAUAGAUCAGAGCCCAAAUUUACCUGUCCCAACAAUGCACUCUGAGAGAACGAAAGAAAAUACUAUGAAAUCAAGUUCGAAGAAAAAAUCAGAUAAGAUGCAGAAACCAUGGCAUGGUACGGAUGGCAACUUUGGGCCAGGUUAUUCACAUGGUGUAGAUCACCAUGCCAAUUUUGAUGGCUCUGAUGAUUCUUCCACAAGAAAAAGGAGUAGACAUGGGAAUCCUCUUAUUGAUGAUAAAAUGCUUAAGCGUUCGAAGGACGCUAAUGUCAAUGUAAAUUCCAUGAAUUUAACCAAAAGUUCCAGAGAAAUUGUUGUGCCUGAUGAGAUAACUGCUUUUCCUGAAUCUAACGAAAGUAAUGGUGAGCCAUCAAAUUCACAAAGAGAUAAUGUUGAGAGAUCACCUUAUGGUAAAAAAAAGCUCCAGAGAGAGCUUUCUGAUCUUGAGUUGGGGGAACUUCGCGAGACUUCUUUGGAAAAUGACGAUGGAAGGAUAAGGAAGCAAUUUGAGAGAAAUAGUUCCUCCAAGUCGCUUGAUGCUAAAUUAACUAGUGUAAAUAACUCCUUCCCCAGUAUGAAUGACAGGAAGGCUCCAGCAACCGUCUUUCAUGAUAAGAGGAAACCUUCACCUCAAGAAUAUGGAAUUGGAGGCCAUAUAAACCAGGAAGGGUUUCCCAGGAAGGCAGCAGGGUAUGAGUUUGAUGAUAAUAGGCCUCAGCAAAGAGAGAAUUUUCCAGACAGCCAGCAUUUGCCAAGGAUUGAUAAUUCAGAUUCUGAGAACGUAAUAUAUCCAGAUAGGUCAGGAGAAAAAACAAGCAAACGGGAAACUAGGAUGGCACAUGGUGGAAUGCUAGAGUAUGCUGAUAUGCAGAAGAAGAAAUCAACCUCAAGGCUUCCACAGAAUGGUACUAAUAAUGUCAUAGUGUCUCGAAUGCAGAAAUCUAUAUCCCCAUCAGAUAAUGAGGAAAGAAGUAGGAACAACUCUUUGAUUGAGACAGAGACAGGUAGGAAGAGGAAGGACAGUUCUUCAGAUGAUGAUAAUUUAUUUUUCUCCAAGUAUGAUAAAGAUGCACCUGAACUUAAAGGUCCAAUAAAAGAUUUCUCACAAUACAAAGAUUAUGUGCAGGAGUACAAUGAGAAGUAUGGGGUUUAUUCUUACUUGAACAGUCAGAUAGACAAAACUAAGUCGGAAUUUUUAAAGGUUCAGGAUGAUCUCAAUAUUGCGAAAGAAAGAGACAAGGAACAGUAUUAUAACACCGUGGAAAGACUCAGAGACAUGUAUCGCGAGUCAGGAGCAAGGCAUAAAUUGAUGAAGAAGGUCUUCGUUUUGCUUCAUGAGGAACUGCAGAUUAUUAAGCAAAGGAUUAAAGAUUUUACAGAGGCCUAUUCAAAUGAGUCAUUUGCAAUUGCGAUUCGGAGACUGUCACUCGUUGUCAAGGCUGAUAAUGUCUUGGCAUCAGCAUUAUGCUUUGCCUUUGUAGAAGUUUGCUUGACUUGGAAAGAUUCAGUCAAAGGCGCAUAUCACAGGAAACCUGAGAGACACCCUGUUUCUCGGGAUCACCGUGCUGAAUUUGGUAGUAGUCACGGUGAAGUGGAGGCAAGGACAGUUCAAAUAUCAAUGACGUUGCUGGACACCUCUGCAUGGGGGAGACAGCCGAGGAAACGAUUCAUCACUCAGGGAAGAGGUGAUGUCUGA